ACCUCUUUGGCAAUUGUCCCGUUGGUUCAAUAUAGCACUAGGCACUACUGUUAGUUGGGAGAUCCCGAGCACACCGUCGCGUUAAAUAAUUAUUAAAUUUUCCAUCAGUUAAGAGAGAUUUCGAUAAAAUGUGUGAGCAGUACUGUGACAAGUUUGAGACCUUCAAUCCGGAGGUUGAGUUUGCCAAGUUCCAAAAACGUAAACCCAUCGUGAGGACUGCCCAGCUGUACGAGAAUCUGCACAAGCGAGAGGAUAUCAAGUGUCCCUACAGCUUCAAGGGAUAUGGCGUGGAGACGGACGCCAAUACCAUGUACCGCACCUGCAACUCGGAAUACGGUUACUAUGCCCCCAAUGCCUAUACCAUCCCCAAGCGUUUCUAUCCACUUCCCCAGAAUUUCUCCAACGAAGUCGUUCGUUUCGGCAUGUAUCGCAAUUUCUCCCUCAACACCCACAUGGAUCGCACCUUCUACUAAGAAUCGGCUUCAAAUCAAACCACUCUCAAAUUGUUUUAUUCUUUAUAAACAAUUUUACGGAUUUCUAUGCCAUUUUAAAAUUUUAUUCCGGUCAACAAGUGAUGCCUAUUUCGUCGAACAUUUGCCUUAUUAAGCAACCUUAAACAAAUCUAUCAAUAACAAAUUUUAAAAUGUAAAAAGCAAAAAAAAGUAAAUAACAUUUUAUAAAAUCACCCAAACGUCA